GGCUGCCAUUUUAUGAUUUAUAUGUCGCUGAAAAAUCGUGGGUGGAGUUCCUGCAUGAAGCGCGUAGAAAUUCUUCGAACAAAAAGAAUUAAAUGUAACUGACGUGGCAUUUUUGGAGGCGGCGGUGUGUCUUUAGUCACGAGAAUUUGGAAAAAGGCAAAACUGUAAAAAAAUGUAAAUUGUAAAAAUUUCCAUGUCGUGCUCACUUGCGAUGUCACCUACCUAUCCUCACCCCCCCGCGACAUUUGGUCAACGACAAUCGUUUCUCCCCUUUUUGAAAUUGAAUCUCGACCGAUGAUAAGUACCUAACCGUUGUGUAAGUCAAUUGUCACAUCUUAUCGGUACUUAAUAGGGAUUCAAUCGAUUUAUUUAUUUGAAGUUAAUUGUGUUAUCAUUUAUCAUAUAUCGUUUCUGUUUUUACCAUUGAUUUGAUUUGAUUUAUCCUUGUAACUAUCUCAUCGCUCAUACAUAUAUUAUAAAGUAGUAACUAUGCCACAACCUUUUAUAACAGAAGAAUUAAAUAAACUUCAAAAGGAGAUUGUGGCUAAGAAUCCUAAUGAUAUAUUACAAUUCUGUGCUAAUUAUUUUAACUCAAAAUUACUGAGUCAAAGAUCACAAUUAUGGUUACAACAAGCAAAGGCUAAAGAUGCUGGACUUGAUUUAUUUCCUGAAGUAGGAAAUGGUGAUAUAAGGCAACCAAGCUUUAAAUCUCCAUUCGGUGUUAAUGAUCCUCAUCUGAUUCACAGUGAUGAUCCUCAUGGAGCUAUUGCUGAAGAAGAUGAAGAACCUCAAGUUAAAUCUGGAACUGGCCUAUUUAAAAAUGAUUUUGAUGUUAAAACUCCUUCAACUUCUACAAAAGUUGCAGAUUUAGAUCCAAAUGAUCCUUCUGCAACUUCAUCAACUACUCAACCAUCUUCAUUUACAAGAUUCCCUCCACCAACUAAUAAAAUCCCCAUAGCUUUUAAUGCCAAUAGAAGAGUAUCAGUAUCUGCUGAAGCUUUAAAUCCUGAUAAAUUCAAAUCUGAUUCUUGGAAACCCCCUAGUAAUAAUUUAAGUUCUAUUCAAAAGGCUACAUUAUCUAAAAACCUAGCAUCAAAUUUCCUUUUCAAGCAAUUAGAUGAUGGAUCUAAAAAUAUAGUCAUUGCUGCUUUAACUAGUAAAUCAUUUUCUAAAGAUACUGAAAUCAUCAGACAGGGAGAUGAAGGAGAUUUCUUCUACAUUAUUGAAUCAGGCACAGUUGAUUUUUAUGUCGAUGGAUCUAAAGUAAAUACUAGUCAUGAAGGUUCUUCAUUUGGUGAAUUAGCUUUAAUGUAUAAUUCUCCAAGAGCUGCCACAGCAAUUGCUGCAACAGAUGUUACAUGUUGGGCUUUAGAUCGUUUAACUUUCCGUCGUAUUUUAUUAGAAGGAACUUUUAACAGAAGAUUGAUGUAUGAAGAUUUCUUAAAGGAUGUAGAAGUACUUAAAUCAUUAUCUCAUCAAGAAAGAUCAAAAUUAGCUGAUGCUUUAAGUACUCAAAUAUAUCAUAAAGGUGAUAAAAUAGUAAUUGAAGGAGAACAAGGUGAAAACUUUUACCUUAUUGAAAGUGGUAGUUGUCAAGUUUAUAAUGAAAAGAGUGGAAAUAUUAAGAAAUUAUCCAAAGGUGAUUAUUUUGGAGAAGUUGCUUUAUUAAAUGAUUUACCAAGACAAGCAACUGUUGAAGCUUUAGAUACAGUUGUUGUAGCUACAUUAGGUAAGUCUGGAUUCCAAAGAUUAUUAGGACCUGCAGUUGAUAUAUUAAAGAAACAAGAUCCAACUAAAGGUGGUUCUAUUGUUACUGUUAAUUAGGUUAGUAUAGGUCACGUGCACGUGCCUCUUCAUUCCAUUAUCAAAUUUGAUGUUUUUAAGCUUAUUAUGGUUCCUUUGAUAAACCCAAGAGAUUUUUAUAGUAUUAACUUUUAAUUGAAUUUUAUUUUAGAUCAGUAU